CGCAGAAAACAAAGUCAAAAAAACUAACGCCGCGCCGCAACCGAACCCUGAUUCCCGCGCUGCACCGAAACACAUGCCGCCGGCGGCUUCCUGCCCACCACCGCCGCACCCAAGUCAACGCCCCCGAUCGCCUACUCCACCUCCGCCCACCUCCAGCGCCCUGCGUUCCCACGUUUCACGGGCGGCAGAUGCCUCGUCUCCCUCCUCCGGCCGCGCCGCGCUCUCUCCUCGCCUGGGCGUGCCUGCUCCUCCUCCUCCUCCCCGCGCGCGCGGCGGACGCCGGGCCGCUCAAGAAGGAGCUCCUCCACCCGGACUUCAUCGCCUCCAGCUUCGACCACAUCGACAACAACGGCGGCGCGUUCCUCGAGUCCGCCAACGGCGCCUUCCGGGCGGCGCUCCACAACCCCGGGAAGCAGCAGGACAGCUUCUACCUCGCCGUGCUCCACGCGCCCACCGGCACGCCCGUCUGGUCCGCCAACCGCGACGCGCCGACGGGCUCAUCGGGCCGGGUCCAGCUCACCGCGCGCGGACUCGCCGUGACCGACGCGGAUGGAGCCACGGUGCUCUGGUCAGCUACCCCACGGGCGCCCGUCGUGGCGCUCCGCCUGCGGGACGACGGGAACCUGCAGCUCCUGGACGCCCAGAACGCCACGCUGUGGCAGUCCUUCGACGAAGCCACCGACGCGCUGCUCCCGGGCCAGCCGCUGCCCGCCGGCGCGUACCUCACGUCCGCGAGGAGCCCCAACGACCUCGGCCAGGGGGACUACCGCCUGGCCGUGUCCGCGUCGGACGUCGCGCUGGCGUGGCAGGGGUCUACGUACUGGCGGCUCUCCAACGACGGCCGCUCGUUCAAGGACCGCAACGCCGCCGCGGCGUCCAUGUCCUUCAACGCGUCGGGGCUGUUCCUGCGCGCCGCCGACGGCGCGCUGGUGUUCCGCGUGAUCCUCGCGCCGGCGGAGUUCCGCGUGCUCAAGUUAGACUCUGACGGGCGGCUGCGCAUCACGAGCUACGCGCUGCUCAACUCCUCGGCGCCGCUCGGGGGCGACUUCGUGGCGCCCGGCGGCGACUGCGACCUCCCGCGGCCGUGCGCCUCCCUCGGGCUCUGCGCCGAGGCCGGCAACAGCUCCAGCUGCACGUGCCCGCCGCUCUUCGCCGCGUCGGCCACCGGCGCGUGCACGCCGGGGGACGGCAGCGCGCUCGCGUCGCCGGCCUCGUGCGGGAGCAACGGCAGCGCGUCGACCCCUGCUUCGUACCUCCCACUCAUGGCGAAGAUCGCCUACUUCUCGACCAGAUUCGACGAUCCCACGAGGACCCGCAUCAACAGCACAGCGUGCCGCGCCCUCUGCACCGCCAACUGCACGUGUCUCGGCUACUUCCACGACGACUCCGCCAUGACUUGCUACGUGCUCGGAGGAAGGCUGCUCGGCUCGCUCCACUCGACCACUCGCGCUACAUCGCCGUUGGGAUACAUCAAGGUGUUCAAUCAGGCGCCCAGAGCUUCAAACGACGAACAUAAAGAUACGUCGGUGAAGCGCGCUUUACCCAUCAUACUGCCGUCCAUUGCCGUGUUUCUUCUCAUCGCCCUGAUGGUAGGGUACUUGGUGCGGCGGAGGUGGAAGGCGGGGAAGAACGGGAAGAAAGGGAAGGCCAAGAACUCCGUUCGGAAUCAGUUGACGAAUCAUAAUCCGCGAUCGAGGGACAGCAGGGACGACGAAGAUCCUGACGACGACGGCAUCGUCAUACCGGGCAUGCCGGCGCGGUUCAGCUACGCGGAGAUCGCGUCGAUGACCGGGAGCUUCGAGACAAAGAUCGGCUCCGGCGGGUUCGGCUCCGUGUACAAAGGGGAGCUUCCAGGCGGCGAGGGGCACGUCGCGGUGAAGAAGCUGGAGGCCGUGGGCGUGCAGGCGAAGCGGGAGUUCUGCACGGAGAUCGCCGUCAUCGGCAACAUCCGGCACGUGAACCUCGUCCGCCUCCGCGGCUUCUGCGCGGAGGGUUCGCGCCGGCUGCUCGUGUACGAGUACAUGGACCGCAGCUCGCUGGACCGGUCGCUGUUCGGCGGGGCCGGGCCGGCGCUGGAGUGGGGGGAGCGCAUGGAGGUGGCCCUCGGCGCGGCGCGCGGGCUGGCGUACCUGCACACCGGGUGCGACCAGAAGAUCGUGCACUGCGACGUGAAGCCGGAGAACAUCCUGCUGGCGCACGGCGGGCAGGUGAAGGUCUCCGACUUCGGGCUCGCGAAGCUGAUGUCGCCGGAGCACUCGGCGAUCUUCACCACCAUGCGCGGCACCCGCGGGUACCUCGCGCCCGAGUGGCUCAGCAACGCGGCCAUAUCGGACCGCGCCGACGUGUACAGCUUCGGCAUGGUGCUGCUGGAGCUGGUGCGCGGGAGGAAGAACCGUGGCGAGCAGGGUGGCGCCGUUGUGGGCGACGGCAGCGGCGAUCACUCGGCCUUCCCGUCCCCGUCCGGUGAUAGCAGCGCGAUGACGUCUUCGACGCUGAGCGGCGGCGGCACCGGCGCUGGCGCCGACGAGUACUUCCCGAUGGUGGCGCUGGAGCUCCACGAGCAGGGGAGAUACCUGGACCUCGUGGACCCGAGGGUGGAGGGGCGGGUGAGCGAGGCCGAGGCGGCGCGCGUCGUGCGUCUCGCGCUGUGCUGCCUGCACGAGGACCCCGCGCAUCGGCCGAGCAUGGCCGCGGUGGUGCGCGUGCUGGAAGGAAGCGCGCCGCCGCCGGAGCCCCGCGUCGGCGGGCUCGGCUUCCUGCGGCUCUACGGGAGGGGGCACGCCAUGCCGGCCCACGCCACGUUGGAGUCCGCUGGGUGGUCGGCGGCGUCGACUACCGGCGGCUCGCAGCUGAACGAUUCGUUGCGGGACACGUCAUUGCCAAGAUAGUUCAGGUCUACGUGACACGGCACGAUUCAGCUCCCAUGACGUGGCGUCGACGAGACUCUGCAUCAUGGCGCCAACGUGGCACUUAGCGGUCCUGGUCAAGGGCGUAUGCCAUCUUUCAUCUUUGGUUAUGCGCGGACACGGCAGACAGUAGGUAGAAAAAGAAGAGGAAUAGUCGCCACAGACGAUAAACAAGUUGCUCUACUCACCAUAUUGUAACAUUAGAUUGAUGAUGAGAUUGGGUGGAGAGACAAAGCCAGUAACGUGUAGAAUGGGACAAAGAUACAAUACUCAAUACAAUGUAAAUAUACCUAAAUAAAGGAUUGGUUAAGAGUCA